AAUUCCAUCGGAAUCAUCAGAUCUGGAGAUCUAGUCAGUCUCUCUGUGUCUCAAUUCCAUCGCAAUCAUCACUCGGUUGAUGGAAAAUGGAGUACAUAGACAACUUGCCAGCCAUGGAUCCGAUGCGCUCCCAGAAGAUGACUUUCGUUCAGCUCAUUGUCCCCGCCGAGUCCUCUCACCGUGCCGUCUCUUACCUCGGCGAACUCGGCCUCCUUCAAUUCCGAGACUUGAAUGCUGAUAAAAGCCCUUUCCAGCGAACAUUUGUUAAUCAGGUGGAAUGAUAUCUACUACAGUCUCCUUUUAUCAUUUUUAUUUUCAUGUUUUUGGGAGUCAUUUCACAGGUAAAAAGAUGUGCAGAAAUGUCAAGAAAGCUACGGUUUUUCAAAGAUCAAAUACAAAAAGCCAGUCUAAUGUCUUUUGCUCAUCCUGCUAUGCUAGAACACGUGGAAUUGGAGGAAUUAGAGAUACAACUUGCUGCGUGAACAUGAGUUGAUUGAAAUGAACCAUAACAUUGAGAAACUACGACAAACGUACAAUGAGCUGCUAGAGUUCAAGAUGGUACUGCAGAAGGCAAGUGGUUUCCUUGUUUCAAGUAAGAGCCAUGCAGUUGCAGAGGAAAGAGAGUUAGAUGAUCAUGUGUACUCUAAUGAUGACUAUGCAGAUACAGCAUCUUUACUUGAACAGGAGAUGCGACAUGAGCCAUCAAAUCAAUCUGGUUUAAGAUUUAUUAGUGGCAUUAUCAGUAAAUCCAAACUUCUUAGGUUUGAGCGAAUGUUGUUUCGUGCGACAAGGGGCAACAUGCUUUUCAAUCAGGCACCAGCUGAUGAACCAAUUUUGGAUCCUGUAACAACUGAAAUGGUCAUCUUUUUCCUUAUUUCGAUUAUUACUUUUUGGGAAAAAUCUUAUCUCAAUUUAUUCUUCAUUAGAACUUACAAUAUGAAAAUAUGAAAAGUGAUUAUAAUAU